CUUCUGGGCCCUUGGCUGCGGCUUGUCAAAGGGAAGUCCUCUCGCGGGUUUCAGGGAUCCGCGGGAAGCUGGCUCGGUUCGCCUGCUCGCAAAUCAUGGGGAAAGGCAGGAGGAAGCCCAGGAUGGCCCAAGCCAAGGAAGGCAGAGCCCAGGCCGAGGAAGAGGACGAAGCGGAGGAGGAGGAGGAAGCGGGGGCCCACAAGCGGGGAUCAAAGCUCCGGAUCAAUGGGGAGAACAUAUUUUCCUGCCAAUCGAAAAUCUAUACCUUCCUGAGCCCUAACAAACCUCCUGCGACUCGACCUCCGCUUCAAGAAGAAAACUCUGCUACGCAUCAUGAAGCAAAAUGCCAAGGCAAAAUGACGAAUGAAGUUUACAGAAAAGGGAACGAUAGACUAAAUAUUGGUAAUGGAGCUGAUGGUGUUGUGAAAUCCAAGGGUCAGAGGGACAAGGAAAGAAGCCCCGAAUCUCCAGCAUCUUCCUCUGACCAAAAAGCAGAAACAGAAGAAACUCAUCCACUUAUGCCCCCAAAGUCUGCAGAUGCAGUGAAUGAAAAGCAAUCUCAGAAGAAGAGCAUCAAAGCAAAGCCUGGCCCCAGGAGAAAAGCCCAAGGGAAAACGCAACAGAACCGAAAGGUUACAGAUUAUUAUCCUGUUAGAAGAAGCUCCCGGAAGAGCAAAAAGGAAUUGCAGAUUGAGGAGAAGAAGAAAAUAGAUGAGUUAAUAGAAAGUGGGAAGGAAGACGGCAUGAAGAUCGACUUCAUUGAUGGCAAAGGGCGAGGAGUGAUUGCAACAAAGCAGUUCCAUCGGGGUGAUUUUGUGGUUGAAUAUCAUGGGGAUCUCAUUGAGAUCACAGAUGCUAAGAAACGAGAAGCUGCUUAUGCCCAAGACCCAUCCACAGGCUGCUACAUGUACUACUUUCAGUACCUAAGCAAAACAUACUGUGUUGAUGCUACGAAAGAGACCAGUCGUCUUGGAAGGUUGAUCAAUCACAGCAAAUGUGGCAACUGUCAAACAAAACUCCAUGACAUCAAUGGCAUCCCUCACCUCAUCUUGGUUGCCUCCCGUGACAUUAAAGCUGGUGAAGAACUGUUGUAUGAUUAUGGAGACAGGAGCAAAGCUUCUCUGGAAGCUCAUCCAUGGCUGAAACACUAGCUGAUCUUUCCCUCUGGAUAGGGCUCUUUUCUUUAAAGAGGACUUGAUAGCCUUGUUUACAGCUCUUGUGGUAAAUCACUUCCAAAGUCUGCUCCUUCUGAAUUAUUUAAAAUGUCAGUUACAGGCUUGCAUGUCUUUCCCUGAGCAGACUUAAAACCAAAUUCCUGAAUAUUUCUACAUGUUAGGCUCACCUGGACUUCCAGCCCUUUGAUCCAUUGAUAGAUGAAUUUGUUAGGGCUUCCCUGCUGAUGCCACUUUGGGACUAACGUGGACUUUUAUAGAUAGAACUGCUUUUAAGGUCAGCCCAUUUUGGGGGUCACUUUUUUUGCUUCCUUGAGGAGAGGAGGGAAGAGGGUGAGAAUGAUAAAAGCAAAUGUCCUGAACAAGGUGGGCAUUAAACCAUCUUGGAUGAGUUUUGUAAAUAUUUCGUUGAAACAGGUUCCUGUUUCGAGAGCUUGGAAAAUUACUUUUCUGGGAGGUAUAAUCAAAACCGCAUUUCCAAGCACUACCUAUGCUCCCUUCUCACCCCCUUUUUUGGAUACACACCAGUAGAUACCGACAGUCUUUUUAGAUGACUUUCAUUGGGCUGACUCUGGAGGCUCCUGUGGUCAUCAGAAUUUGCAUUACAUAAAAGUCAGAGGGAAGAUCACCUACAAGAAUAAAGAAUUACCUGGCUGGCAACUAGAGAAGCACACUGCUAAUGGUAGGCAAAUCUUCCCCAGCUGCCUUUUUGGAUGUAACUUCCAAAGUCCACCCGCUAAUACCACAGCUUGCUGCCUCCUGAAACCCCUUUCUGCCAAGAGGAAGGAAACUUGAAGGAAACUGGCAAGCUGGCUUUGUAUUGCCUGAUUUCUACAUUUCUUCACUUGAUAGCCGUCAAGAUUUCUCUUGAAUCCAGCACCAGCAAGGGUGAAUUGCGCCCAGACGUUGAGCCAUCACACAAAGGAAAUACUUGCUGUGACGCUCUCAGCCAUCAUGGGAACAAGGACCGCUGGGUUCUGAGCAGCCCAUCUGCCUUUGAUAGCCGUGUUGCCAACCUGGCAUGACCAUUGCGUGGUGCUGUGUCUUCCUAUCUUCUGCUGCUUCCAGGCCCAUGAGGCCCCAAGAAGUGUGGCAGGUGUGUGGGGGCCAGAACUGGGAGGGAAAGGUGCAACAGUUGGACUGGUUUCAGCAAGAACAGAGGGGGACUAUAGCUCCCAGAAUCCCCCAGGCUCUGAGCUAAGGUGGAUGAUCAGAGUGCAGUUCACUUUCAUCUGGCUUGAGAGAAGAGGUAACUGCUUCUUUGAUGGGAGGCUGCUUUGUUUCUUUGUGUGUCUUCCCCCACCCAGUCCUUAUUU